AUGAGUGAAAACGUUGUUCGAAGAAAACUAGUAAUUAUUGGGGAUGGAGCUUGUGGUAAGACUUCCUUGCUCCAUGUAUUUACACUGGGGAAAUUUCCAGAGGAAUAUAGGCCAACAGUUUUUGAAAACUAUGUAACAGACUGUCGAGUUGAUGGGAUAAAGGUACAAUUGGCCCUAUGGGAUACGGCGGGACAAGAAGAAUAUGAAAGGCUACGGCCGAUGUCUUAUUCGAAAGCAGACAUAAUAUUAAUUGGUUUUGCAAUAGAUGACCCAGAGUCGUUGGAGAAUGCAAGAGAAAAAUGGACUGUUGAAGCAUUACGGUAUUGCCCCAAUGCACCCAUAAUCCUAGUAGGAUUAAAAAAUGAUUUAAGAAAGGACGAUAAUACUAAACAUACUGUGGACCCAAAUCAGGCAAUGGAAGUCCUUCGGGCAAUUGGCGCUAAAAAGUACAUGGAGUGUAGUGCUCUUACAGGUGAAGGAGUUGAUGAUGUGUUCGAACUUGCGACAAGAACAAGUCUACUAGUAAAUAAGCCACCUGGGAAAAGCUGCUGCGUAAUAACGUAA